GCAGACUGUACAUGUGUUGAUCAGGAUAGACUGGCUGACUGGCUCCUUGGGGCGGACUCUUUCACCUACUUCCUCAGGCCUCAUUCACUGAGUCACCAUUCACGCACUUCGUCGUCGUGGUUUCAAGUCAUUCUCGUGAUAAAGUACUUUAUUAUUGAGUGAUACGCGGAAAGAAAAACACGGUACUGUGGCUGAAGCACGUGUGGGGCUCAGGAAAAUAGCACUUCCAUAACUUCGUAAAAUUCCCAUAAGUUAGGUAACAAUGGCCAAAAAUAAGAAGAAAAAGAAGGGUCAGAGAAAUCAAGAAAAUUUUGGUAAUUCUGGUGGCCAUGAACAAGCAACGGCAAACAGUGGACAUCACACCACUCAUAGUACACAACCUCCAUCUCUUUCCAAACCACAGGAAGUGAGUCAUGGUGAUUUGGGUUCAAGAGGAAACAGCAGAAAUUAUGAGCAAGGUGGUAAUCAACAUCAUAAUCAGAAUAAUCCUCGACCAAAUCAAGGUGCUUGUUGCCGCCAAGAAUAUACUCCAGGGUAUCACCACAAUGAUUAUUGGCACGACAGUUACGGAAAAUCUAGUUCUAAAGAAAACAGACAGAAAGGUAAUAACAGUGGGCACUUCCAUGGUCAGCAUUAUGUGGGUGCCAGCUCUGAGCCAGUUACAGCAAAGGAAUAUACUAAAACACAAAAUAUGAAGUGUGAUGUGUGUGAUACAAGCUACCUCACUGAAGGUCAUAGACCAAGGGCCCUGCCUUGUGGCCAUUCUGUCUGUACAUCUUGUAUUAAAAAUCUAAUCAAGGGGAAAAUGGUAACCUGCCCUCAAUGCCGCUAUAAGGUCCAGGGGGUACAGACUGCUGAAGAGAUACCCGCAAACUUUGCACUGAUACAUAUGCUUGAGGAAAAUGCAAGAGCUUCACGAGAAAGAGGGCAGCCUUCUGGAAGUCAUUCAUCAAGUGUUACUGGAGCUAUUAACAGGACUUCCUCUCAUCCCAAACAAAAAGAAUGUUCCCCCCAUUCAAGUAAAUGUCUUGAGGCUGGGGCAGAUAUAGCAAGUCACUGUGCCUUUUGUCAGGUUUGGCUGUGUAUGGAAUGUUGCAGAAUUGAUCAUCGAGGAAUAGAAUGUCUUAUUACUCCUUUUAAAGAAACAUUAUCUGAAAUGAAACAAGCCAAGAAAAACAAGGCUGAAGUUGCCCGCAAAAACUUAAAGGAAUCCUGGGGUGAAAUAAAAAAUUAUAGUGAUAAAUUGGAGUCCUGCUCAGCAACAGUACAAAUUACUCUUGAUUGUAUUAAAAUGGAGCAAAAACGUCUUGAAAAAGUUUUGUCAGACGGUCAUCUAGCAGAAGCACUUUUACAAUCAGUUACAGAGGACUUGUCAGAAAUGAAAACUGUAAAUGAUGCAUUAAAAGUUUUCCAUGAUAUUGACGGUUCGAUCAGUAACACUCGACAGUGGGUGUCAAGUUCUGACUCUGCUCACUUGAGUGAUAGAGCGAAUAAAUUAUCAAAGGAACAACUUCACACUAUAGUGUUGCUGCACUCCACCUCAUUUGGAAGUGCGUCAACAAGUGGAGUCCUUGCUGUAUGUACUAGAAAGGAGAACCAAGUUUAUUCUGAAUUAGGAUGUGAUGGUGACCGCAUUCUUCUACAUUCUCUAAAGCAAUUUACUCCUCCUUCAGGGACUCGGGCUAUACCGCUACAAGCUGCCAUGUUAUGCAUCGACUCUGCCUCAGCUUUAACAUUCCUGGACCUUUCUUGGGGUGGUUCACAUUUUGGUCGAGUAUUCAUCCGAUUAAUGGGUGACACAGUGAGGGGCCAGCAGUUCCUGAAGCUGUGUACUGGGGAGAUGGGACCUACCUUCCGCAAUUCCCAUUUCCACCGUGUUUGGUGGAAGGGCCUUCCAGGUGAACAUGUCUGGGGAGGUGACUAUGACCAAGGAGAUGGUAGUGGAGGAACUUCAUUAAAAAUAGAGGCCAAAUAUCAUGACAAAUCAAGAGAAAAUAGGAGGUUACCCAUCAGUGCAGGACUAGUGGCUGGAAGCUAUGAAAGGGAAAAGGCAAGUUCUCUUUUCCGCAUAUACACCAAGGAUGAUGCAAGCGUUAUAGAAGAGGCAGCAUUUGGUCGUGUAGAAUAUGGACUUCACUUCAUUGAUUCUGUUAUAAACCAUAACAAUAUUAGAGAUGUGAAGAUCUGUGACUGUGGUGUAGUCAUUGAGUAAUGGAAGGUUAUUAUUUAGGUGGUAGUAGUAGUAAUAGUGAUAUAUAAACAAGGUUAUAUCUUUUAUAUACAAUGUUGAGAUCAGUUGCAUUGUUGGAAGCAAGUCUUAGUAAUGAAAGGAAAAUUUACACAUUAUUUACUACUAGAUUAACUUGAUUUGACAGGAUUGCUGACACUGAAUUCCAGAAGCAAUUUUUUUUAAUGAGGAAUAGCCCACAACAGAGCCUGGGGGAGGGGAGGAAAAAAAAAAAUAAAAAACAAUAAUAAUAAAAAAAAA